AUGGUCUCCCUGAAACGAGCCCUCCGACUCUACCUUCAGCAGGCUCCUCUGGAGGCACUCGUGGGGGAGCUCAAAGCUUCCGCGGCAGAAAGCCGGGGGGAGGACGAAACUGGACUACGGUCGUCGACGUCGUCGUUGUCGUCGUGGACCUCCCUUGGUUUUCAGGAGAGGGUUGCGACGGAGCUGCUUGACUGUCCAAUCGCGGCGGAGUUUACUCCUCGCUUGGAAUACGUCUCCCGGGUCACCAAGGUUCUUCUAGAGGCGGUCGAGACGGCAGGAGACGAGCCCGCCGAGGGUCUCCUACUCGCCAGGAUGGCGUGCGUGUCUUCGCUCCGGGGGGGGGGAGGGCACAGCGACGACACCGCUUUCGAGUCGUUCUGGUUCCCUCGCCGCGCCGCACUCUGCGACAUCAUCAGCACCGGCAGUGAUUACUCUGCCAAGGGUUUCCAGGAAGAGGAAGGCGGUACGUUCUUUUCGUUCCGGGUGGCCAACCGGGACAACGAGGUAGGCCUUCGAGUCUGGGAGGCAGGGCGAGCUCUCGCGGAGUUCUGCCUGGCGCACUCGGGCUUGCUGCGAGGGAAGAGAGUGCUGGAACUCGGCGCGGGGAUCGGCAUGACCGGCAUGGCUGUGGCUGCCACUUGCGGAGCGGCGGAGGUCGUCCUGACGGACUACGCGCCCAGAGUGCUCGCUAACCUUCACCACAACCUGGAAAUCAACCGCGCGCUGCUGGAAGCUGGCGCCGGCCAGAGCAACGGCAACAACGACAAACCCUCAACAACGCCUUCGGGCGUGUCCGUCCGAUUUCUCGACUGGACAGACUACUGCCACCACAAGGCCUCCUCCGUACCGCCAGCCGGCGGCAGCGGCGGCGACGGCGGCGGCGGCGGCGGCGGCGGCGGCGGCGGCGUUAGGGCCGACGCAACGAGCGGCGGAACUGCCGACGGCUCGCGAGCUGACGAGGACGACGAUGGCGGGGGUGGGUGUCUAGGAGGCGGCUGCUCCUCCACAGCGGCGGCGGCGGCGGUGGGAAGUGGAGAAGGGGGGGCGAGACAUACUGGGAGUGGCGGGGGCAGCGAGUGCGGGGACGGUGGGGGCGAUUCGCUUGGUAUGCCGGAGGUGGUUCUGGCUGCGGACGUUGUGUACGACGUAAAGUAUCACUCCGCGCUCGUAGGAGUGGUGGUGGAGACGCUGCGGAGAUGCCCCGAUGCCCUCAUCGUGUUCGCGUCUACGCUUCGGAACUCCGAGACAAUGGCAGCUUUUCACCGGUGCCUCGAAGAAGCCGGGAUCGUGUGGCAAAGCGUGGGUUUCCCUUCCUCCGAGGAGGCCUUGGCGAGCCAAUCGGACAGCUCGCCGCCGUUUCGAGAAAAGGCUCGAGGAGAGUCCGCGUCCGACGGUAGCAGCCGCUACCCAACGGCUGUGCGGGGAUCAAGUCGUGCGGACUCGACAGAACUGUUGUGGUGUCACCCAGGAGACUUGGAGCGGGUGAAGUUUUGCGUUUGCGGGCGGGGGCGAGGGCUUGUCGAGCCCGUAUAGGGAAUGUCUGAUUGUGUUUUCGUGCUUCGAUGGGGGAGCCAGGGUUCAACACCUUCCUUACAGGAGCUGUAUAGACGUAGGGAAUGUCUGACUGCUGCUUGAGUUUUCGCGUUUCCAUGGAAGCCAGUAUCCGAGAUGAGGUACACCCACAUGGCUGGGCGUAGUAAGGAGCUGGAGCCUGGAGGACGUUUUCGCAUCCAUGCCUCCGAAGAUGUGCACCUUGAACGUGCUGCCGAACGCCGCACGAGAAUUAACGUAGAGUUGGAUGUUGGAAAUGAGAAUCGAUCGUGUC